AUGUCCAAUGAGUUGGCUAGUCAAGCGGGCUGGGAGGCCAACCCGCUAUCCUUCCUGUAUCGCCAGGCCGUCAUCACGCCAGCCGAGAUCCCGGAAGAAUUCGACCUGUCUGAUUGCACUCUGAUCAUGACGGGUGCUAGCAGUGGUCUCGGUCUCGAAGCUAGCCGCCAAUUCCUCGAGCGCUCACUUGGUCGCCUUAUCAUGGGCGUCCGCAACACAUCAAAGGGGGAAGCCCUCGCCGAAGGCCUACGACGGGAAUUCCCCAUGGCGCAGAUCCAAGUAUGGCACCUCGAAAUGGAGUCAUACGAGAGCGUCAGGAACUUUGUCGCACGGUGCAAGAAGGAGUUGACGCGGAUCGACAUCGUCAUCCUCAACGCUGCGGUGGUGGCGCAGAAUUUUAUGCUGUCGCGCGAAGGCCACGAGCUGAUGCUCCAGGUUAACUUCCUCUCCACAACAUUACUAGCCCUUCUUCUACUCCCAGUCAUGAAACAGAAGAAGCCAGCGGGAGACCAGGCAAGGCUGGUUAUCGUCAGCUCGGACUUCACAUACUGGCACACGCCAGAGGAGGACAUGGUGACAGGUUCCAUGUUCAAGCCGGCUGAUAAGGAAUACCUGUGGGAAUCGGGAAAGAAUUACCAGCAGUCUAAAUUCCUAGGCCAGCUUUUCGUAGCCAAGUUGGCGACCUACAUCAACCCGAACCAGAUCAUUGUCAAUCUUGCCAACUCGGGCCUCACCAGCGGCACCAAUAUCGUCAAGCCAGCAAGCGAGUCAUUCUUCAUGGGUCUCAUGAAGAAGACCAUUGGCCGCAGCGUGGAAGUCGGCGCUAGAAGCUAUCUUGAUGCGGCGAUAGUGAAAGGCAGGGAGAGUCACGGGAGCUUCACCUCGGACGGACUCAUCAAGCCAUGGCCGGCUGUAAUGUACACAUCUGAGGGAAAUGGACUCAAGGAGAGGAUAUGGGCAGAGACGAAGAAGGAGCCUGGGUUUGCAGAGGCCUUUGCAGAGGUUGAAAAGGGUCUAUGA